ACAUCAUCUCUCUCUCUCUCUCUGUCGCCUGCUGUUGAGUUCGGUAAGUCCAUUUUCUUCCUUCAAAGCAAUCCUCCGUCGGAAUCAGAUCUCAAUUUCUUUCCCUCUUUAUAAAACUGGUUUAUACCGCCGUAAAGAUCGUUCAAUCCAGGUGGAGUAUUUUCCCUCGGAGAAUUCUUGAAGAGCAAUAGUCUAUCGAGGUGAAAUGGCGCGGAAGAAGAUAAGAGAGUACGAUUCCAAAAGGAUUCUCAAGGAGCACUUGAAGAGGAUCGCAGGGAUUGAUCUCCAGAUCUGCUCUGCUCAGGUGAAUGAGUCCACAGAAUUCACAGAGUUGACAAACAAAGAACCAUGGCUUUCAUCAACAAAAUUGGUUGUCAAGCCUGAUAUGUUGUUUGGGAAGCGGGGGAAGAGUGGGUUGGUGGCGUUGAAUUUAGAUCUAGCUCAAGUUGCUGAGUUUGUGAAAACGCGCCUUGGUGUGGAGGUUGAGAUGGGUGGCUGCAAGGCACCAAUUACCACAUUCAUUGUCGAACCAUUUGUUCCCCACGACCAAGAAUACUACCUUUCGAUUGUAUCUGACAGGCUCGGCUGUACCAUUAGCUUUUCAGAAUGUGGAGGUAUUGAAAUUGAAGAGAAUUGGGAUAAGGUAAAAACUAUCUUCCUUCCAACUGAGAAACCUAUGACGCUGGAGGCAUGUGCUCCUCUGAUUGCGACACUUCCACUGGAGGUUCGAGGUAAAAUUGGUGAUUUCAUAAUUGGCGUAUUUGCUGUUUUCCAAGAUCUGGAUUUCAGUUUCGUUGAGAUGAAUCCCUUUACCCUGGUGAAUGGGGAGCCAUGCCCAUUGGAUAUGAGGGGAGAGUUGGAUGACACUGCUGCCUUUAAGAACUUCAAAAAGUGGGGUAACAUAAAAUUUCCUCUCCCCUUCGGAAGAGUUCUGAGUCCUACAGAAAGCUUCAUUAACUCAUUGGACGAAAAGACUAGUGCCUCUCUGAAAUUUACCGUGCUGAACCCGAAAGGACGCAUUUGGACAAUGGUAGCUGGAGGUGGUGCUAGUGUAAUAUAUGCCGAUACAGUUGGAGAUUUGGGUUAUGCUUCAGAACUUGGUAAUUAUGCAGAGUAUAGUGGAGCUCCAAAUGAGGAGGAGGUUCUGCAAUAUGCCAGAGUUGUUAUUGAUUGUGCCACGGCAGACCCUGAUGGUCGUAAGAGAGCCCUUCUAAUUGGAGGAGGUAUUGCCAAUUUCACCGACGUUGCUGCAACUUUCAAUGGGAUUAUUCGGGCCCUCAGAGAGAAGGAAUCCAAGUUAAAAGCAUCAAGAAUGCACAUCUAUGUUCGAAGAGGUGGUCCCAACUAUCAGACUGGGUUGGCAAAGAUGCGUGCCUUGGGAGAGGAACUGGGGGUUCCCCUGGAGGUUUAUGGGCCUGAGGCUACAAUGACUGGCAUUUGCAAGCAAGCAAUUGAUUGCAUAAUGUCUGCAGCGUAGCCUUUGUCAUUUUUCUUGCCUCCUUCAACCAGCUAAGAAACUAAUUUUUUUUUUUGAAAAUGCUAAGAAACUAAUUCAGUGUGAUCCUUUUCUCAUCGGAAGUACUUUCUUGAUGGCAGACCUUUGUGGUUUGGUGUACACACACAGCUAUGUAGAAAACUCAUAUGCAUCGAUACCCCACGGGUAAAAUUGUUUUGUAACCGAGUUGCUCAAAAACAUCUGGCAUAGUUUUCCAAAACCAUUUUGAAUUCCAAAAUAAAUAAAAAAAUUAUCCGGAAAGUGUGAUUUGUGGAA